AUGGCGACUGCGGACCAGUCCUGCGGUAUCGGCCGGUGCCAGCCGCCUCGGCUGCAGAAGCUGGCCACUGCCAGAUGUUUCCUGGUCGUCUACAGCUUGAUGGGGAUCGUCCAGGGCAUCAGCAGCAGCUACAGCUCAGCCACGCUGUCCAGCCUGGAGAAGCGGUUCAAAAUCCCCACCCAAACCAUUGGUGUUCUGAAGACCGGCAACGAGAUCAGCCAGAUGCUGCUGUGCCUGGCGGUGGGGUACCUGGGCGGUCGAGGCAGCAGACCUCGGUGGUUGGCCUGGGGGGUCGUGGCCUCCGCCGCCUCGUCCUACCUGCUGGGGCUUCUGCACGUGCUCUACGGGCCCGGCCGAGAGGCGCUGGCGCUCACGGAAGAACAUUUCGACAUCAGCGUCUUCAACGCCUCUCUGCCUUCUCAGCGGGAGGUGCCUCUGCUCUGUCAGGCGAACAGGACAUCAUCGGAAGUUUGUCGGCAUGAUGACGCCACCAGCGGAGAGUACUCGCUGACUCCUCUCGUCCUGAUCUUCCUGUCGGAGAUGAUUUACGGCGUGGGCUACACCACGAGCAACAUGCUUGGCCAGACCUACAUGGAUGACCACGUCAAAAAGAAUAACUCCCCGUUUAUGCUCGGUGACUUUUCCUCGCCAGAGAUGAGGGAAAUGCAGAGAUGGAGCAUAAGGUCCGAUUCUGGGCGAGGGGUGUAAAGCCAAAACGGGAGCGGGAUUACAGUGUACUACAUGUACCAAUAUGGCAUCCGAUUGUUUACAAUUGAAUCAGCUCUACCUGUAUUGGAGGUCAAAUCGGAGAAAAAUUUCAACUCAUAUCAUAACAUUAUUUGUAUUAUGAAGAUUCGUUUUGGACUUUUAAUAUAUUGUUGUGAUUUACCGGGUUCGUAAAGGAUAGCCCAAUUAAUAGAUUUUAUUACCACUACACAGUUUUAUUGA